UCUAGUGUCAUCGAAAUUAAAAAGUACAUAAUGACCAUUCUAUAAAUUCUACAAGUUGUGUCCACGUUUUCCGCAUGACAUGUCUCAUAAGAAUGAACAUGAUGAUCAUAUAUAUACACACAUAUACAUAUAAUGCAUCUAUAAGCAGGGUAUUUUUUAUUUUAUUUUUUUCUCUUUUUAUAAGGAGUGGUGAGAAUAACUAGUUAGACAAAGAGAGAAAGAGAUAGUAUUAAUUGAUCAAGAUAAAUAUAUAUAUAUAUAUAUAUAAUAAAUUAAGUUUAAUAAUAAUAUGGUUGAUCCAGAUCAAGAUCGAAUGCUACCAAUUGCAAACGUGGGAAGAAUAAUGAAAGGAAUUCUGCCAGGAACAGCAAAAAUCUCAAAGGAAGGGAAACAAACAAUGCAAGAGUGUGCGACUGAGUUCAUAAGUUUUGUGACUGGCGAAGCUUCUGACAAGUGUCACAAGGAGAAUCGAAAGACCGUGAAUGGGGACGACAUCUGUUGGGCUCUCACUGCUCUAGGGUUUGAUAACUACGCUGAGGUUAUAGUAAGGUAUUUACACAAGUUUAGGGAAGCAGAAAGAGACAAGGCCAAUCAAAUUGCUACUAAUACUUCUACUACUACUACUACUACUUCUAAUCAUCAUAACAAUAACAAUAAUAAUUUAAAUCCCACUAUAAAUACUACUACUACUACUAUCCCUUCUCAUCGCCCUCAUCAUGAUCUCUCUAUAAAUACUACUACUACUUCUACUACUCCAACUCUUAUGGAGUUUAAGAUCAUUGAGAAGGGAAAUGAUGAUGAUGAUCAUCAUCAUCAUCAGUAUAAUAACUCUCUUAUGUUCAGACCACAUCUUAAUUGAUGGUGAAAGCAGAAUAAUGAAAAACUACACUACUAGCUAGCUACAACUGAAUUAUUACAAUAUGCCAUAUAUAUGUAAUGUUUGUCAUUUUGUAGUGUAUGAUCAUCUAUAUAUGUAUGUAUAUGGACCGGCCAGUUGUGCUAAUCUCAUCCUCUCUCUCCCUCUGAUUAUCAGGCAAGUACUACUCAAGCUUUUCUUUUUCCUUUUUAUUUGAUCUAUUUAUCUUUUAAAUUUUUGUUAGUUUGUACUUUCCCUCUUUCUUAUGUAUGACUGGCUAGAGAGGAGAAGUUUUCUUUGACUAUACUUAUCAAUUGAGCAAGAGUACUUGUUUUUG